CACGACAGCCGCCGCACCCCAUCGUCGCCGUCGGUUUUUUUUUCCUGCACCACCACCCAAACGGACCGCCCCACGAUCCAAUCCCUCUACUCUAUAGCAAUUCAUACAGGCGUCCAAGCCUCAAACCGCAAACAUGGGUCUCGCCUUUUCGAAGCUGUUCGACCGACUGUGGGGGAAGAAGGAGAUGCGAAUUCUGAUGGUCGGUCUUGAUGCUGCCGGUAAAACCACCAUCCUGUACAAGCUCAAGCUCGGUGAAAUCGUCACCACCAUUCCCACCAUCGGCUUCAACGUCGAGACCGUAGAGUACAAGAACAUCCAGUUCACCGUGUGGGAUGUCGGUGGUCAGGACAAGAUCCGACCUCUGUGGAGGCACUACUUCCAGAACACUCAGGGCAUCAUCUUCGUCGUUGACUCCAACGAUCGCGACCGUAUCGUCGAGGCCCGAGAGGAGCUUCAGCGCAUGCUCAACGAGGACGAGCUCCGAGAUGCCAUUCUCCUUGUCUUUGCCAACAAGCAGGAUCUUCCCAAUGCCAUGAACGCCGCCGAGAUCACAGACAAGCUUGGCCUCCACAGCCUGCGACAACGCGCCUGGUACAUCCAGUCCACCUGUGCUACCUCCGGUGAUGGUCUCUACGAGGGUCUCGAGUGGCUCGCCAACACGCUCCGAAAGGCUGGCCACCAGUAGAAAGACUGACGAGAAGUCUCCUUUGAACAAAACCCGCCUUCUCCCUCCAGCUCUCUGCCACAUACUCUCACAUGGCUCUUUUCUCGACUUUGAUUAUUCGAGGUUUCGGUUGUAAUUUGCAAAGUUAUCGGUCAACCAAUCGAAGAUGAUCCUUGAACCAAACAAGUCGCGUCUCAGUCUUGACGUUUUCUGUUAAAGCAACCUCUUUUCCGCGUUCCCUCUUUCUCAAUCUCUCUCAAUUGGUGCUUCCUCGUGAGCCUCGCCUCGCCCUUCCGGUCAAUCAAUUCCCUCUCGCAAGAGUCGCCAGCUCAGCUCAUCCCGAGGAACACAGAACGUACUUUCUUUUUUUCUUCUCUUGGAGGAAAAGUCGGGUGAUGAUGGGAGGCGUCUUUUGGGGAAUCCCGGGAUAUUUGUACAGUCGUCAAUCGGGUGUCGUUUGCUCUUUGAAAAGAAUGCAUCCUCACAGAUCUUACACCACACGCACGAUACCUAGUCUCUCACACUGUGGCGCACUGGUUUCUUUCUUUCAUCUUUGUGUGUCUUUUUUUUCAUGAGGGAGCAUGGCCAUGACUGGAACCCGAGUAACGAGAAACGCAUGAAUUAGGAGCUAAUGCGAGACUGGACUGUUCUCGUAGAGAUGUCUGUUUUUUUCUAAAGAUGCCAUGUUUGAAAAGA